AUGGCGCCCCGAAGCGCUACAACAGACUCCGAGAUUUCUAGUGAGGCUUCAUCCACAUCCUCAGUGUGUGCGGCCAGCCGUGGCAGGAGCGAGUUGCAGGAAGACCCUGACCGGGGAACCCCGCCUGCACUGCCGGCUCUCUUUGAUGCCAGGCGCCUGAUAAGGCAUCAUCCAGAUGUUGCCGCCGAGCGAGUGCUACCGCUGGUGUCGGCUGUGGCGCCGGGCGUUGAUGCGCUGCGCAGCCAGACGGCCCUCAAUGCCAUGGUGCUCCUGCAGGAGACAGUGCAGGUGCUGGGGCGUGCCGCAGAUGCAGGUGCGGAUGCCAUGGUGGCGGCGGCUGCAAAGAGGGCCGGGGAGGUCGGCACGGCCGGCCGCGGCAGCCCGCUGUCCCUGGAGGCUGAUCGGACUCUAGCUGCAAUUGUGGCUGCGGCAUUGCUGGGCAGUGCCGCGCACAAGAAUCCAAAUGUUCGGGCCAAGGUUGCCGCGCACCUCGAUGCCUGCGUGCAGCAGGAUCCGCACAAGAUCAAAGCUGUGCCGGCAACAGUGAGCAGGCUGCUCUCAGCAGCGGCAGGGUAUCUGGAAGAGGGCAUGUCGGAGACGAGGGUGCAUGGCAAGGGCAUCCUGUGCAGCCUUGCGCGCCACAUCGUGCAGGAGGAUCAGUGGGCUGCGCUGCUGGACAAAUGCGUGCCCAGGUCCAGCCUGCGCAGAAAGGUGGAGGAGGUGAUUGGGCAGAUUCUCUUGGGCGCUGCACCCUUGGAGAGGGCGGAGCCAGGGUCAGGCAGGUCCACUAGGUCCCAGGGCCUGGCCAGGGGGGAGAGCCAGCCUGCCUCCCCGGGAACGCCUCCCACCAGAGACACAUGGAGCUCCCCCUUUGCCGCGCACCGACCUCCGUCUGGUCGCAUGUCACCAGCAGCUGACAGCCACAGCUCUGAUGGCAGAGAGGGAGGCAGUGGCAACCCACAGGAACAGCGCCGCAGGUCAUCAGGGGCUUCUAGCCACCUCUCUGACAGCGCUGGCCCUGUGAGGUCAGCAUCUGGAGUGGGCCCCAGCAAGGCUGCAGGCUCUGCAGUGAGGGCUAGCCAAAGCAGUGCAGGUCCAGCAGGGAGCAUGCAGAAGGGACGCGGCGCGUUAGUGAGGGAGGGGUCUGGAAAUGGGUCAGGGCAGCAAUUGAGGAGGGGAGUGUCAUCAAAUGCGAAUGGGGAUGCAUCUGCAGGGCCGCUGCUUGUGAGGAAUGCUCAAGGGGAGCUGGUCAGAGCUGUGUCGGGGAGGCUGCGGGUUUCAUCGGCUUUCUCCAAGGGCAACAAGUGA